AUGGGGGAGAACCCCGGAAGUGGGAGCCAGUAUGUCGCAGUAGGUGAAUCGGCUUCCCCGAAGGCAACAAAUCAUAUGAGGAAAGUUUCAGUUUUACCUCUUGUGUUUCUCAUCUUCUAUGAGGUAUCAGGAGGGCCUUUUGGUGUUGAGGAUACUGUGAAAGCAGCUGGUCCUUUGUUAGCUUUACUUGGAUUUUUGGUUUUUCCGUUUAUAUGGAGUGUUCCGGAAGCUUUGAUAACGGCUGAAAUGGGUACCAUGUUCCCUGAAAAUAGUGGUUAUGUUGUUUGGGUUUCGACUGCUUUGGGUCCAUUUUGGGGGUUUCAGCAGGGUUGGAUGAAGUGGCUUAGUGGCGUGAUUGACAAUGCUUUGUAUCCUGUUUUGUUUCUUGAUUAUCUUAAGGAUUUGCUGAUAAGAGUAGAAGGAAUACUAACCUCUGCAAUUUAG